AUGCGCCCUCGGCGGGUCCAAGGGAACAAGUUGUCGACUGCGUGGCUGGGUGCCAGCGUCUCUCGUGAGAAGCGUCUCGAACAACAUGUCAAAGCCGAUCAGCCACUGCCCCUCUCGCCGGUCCCGAGCAGUCAGCCCACACAGCCGAACAGCUCGGAUGAGAAGAAGGAGAAACCUCCGGUGGUUUGUAAAAUUAAAGAGCCCAAGCGAGCGCACAAGACGAAAGGGUGCACCGAAGCGACGCAGGGCUCGGUCAACCACCCGCCCGACAAGACGGACGAGUCGGACAAGACGCAGCGCGCCUCCUCCCCAAUUAACCUCGCCAACUACGAGGUCAUCUACAACGCGAUAGAGCCCAUAAAGAAUCUCGUCCAACGCGAGCUGACGGAUAUUGAAGAGGCGAACCCCGAAUACGUGACGCUGACCGCGUUGAUGGUUGACGAGAAAUGGCCGGCGUAUUGUGUGAAGCCCGGCAACAACAACGACAGCAAGGACGCCGUCCGGUCGGCGCGGAAGACCAAA